UCAUGAAGUUCAUCUUCAUUAAGAAAUUUUUUAUAUAAAAGGAGUUUUUCCAUUGAUACAACAGCUCCAAGAAUAUUUUCAUCAUUAAUUGAAUUCUAUCUGAACGAAUAUUAAUGAUUCCCUAUCGGGUGUCGCUGAUGUACAGAUACUUUUACUAAUUGUGUAUAUUUUGAUUCACUUACAGAAGUCAACAAAUAAACGAGUAAAUAUUGGAUUUAAAAUUUUUUUGCGUGGAACAAUUGCCACCAAUUGCCUCGUGGUGGCCCGCCACUAUCUCGAAUAUAUUGCAGCAAAUUACAGUUGGACAAAUCGUUCAUUAUUACAAAUUUUUAUCUCACAGUGCUCAGCAUGUCAAACUCGAAAAUCAGUUAAGACAAAAAUAGUCUCAAAACCUAUCAUUGUUUUAGGUAUUCUUACUUUUUUACUUUAAAUAUGUAUUCAUUCUAUAUACCAAGCAUCAACUGUUUUUUGUAAUUCAUUAUUUAUACAUGAAACUAAUUUUUCCUUUUUGAUGAAUGCAUAUUCCUUUAUUUAAUUUCUAAGAAUUUCAGUUGAUAUUAAAUAAUUUUUUUUUUAAAUUUUCUCUUCAAUUCAAUGAAGAUUUAUAAAAGAAUUGUUGCUCUAAUUACUAUUUAUAAGCACAGGUCGUAAUCUAUACAUUGAGAUUUUUAAAAGAGAAAAAAAAACCAUUGGUGAACAGUAUGAUAUCAUCUUAAUUCACUAUCGUUUAUGUCGACGAUUUCUUCUGCACGAAUUUCUUUGAAUUUCAUCAUUAUAUAUUUCACAUUAGUAACAUUUUGUUUUUAAUAUAUAGAAUUUAUGACACGUGUACAAAUGGAUCUUAUUGAUAUGAGAAGUCGACCGGAUCAUGUGGAUUCAGGCAAAAUUUUCAAAUGGAUUAUUCAACUUAAAGAUCAUUUUACUAAAUGUUGUUGGGCUCAACCAUUAGAAACAAAAGAAGCGAGAGAGGUUUAUUCUAUUGUACGUAACAUUUUCUUCAAUUUCGGACCACCUCGUAUCUUACAAUCCGAUAACGGACCGAAUAUUGAUACCUAUUCAAGUCCUACUAAUAAAAGAAGUAUUAGUUCUAUAAAUGUUCCGUCUUCGUCUCAAACGUUUGGACCACUAGUAACAAUCGAUGAAAGUCGACAUGAUAUUAUUCGUGAAUCAGGUCGUAUUAAUUAUUUAAAAUCACAGAGCAAACGGCAAAAAAUUUAUGAUGAAUAUCUUAAUACCAUGGCGAAUUUAUAUAGCAAAGGUGAUUUGAUCGGUAUUCCUGUUGACAAAGUCGAUCGAACUAAUUGUGAUGCUAAAUUAAUGCCAUGUCUCAUUGAGGAACGUGUCGAUCAUGGUGCAAUACCUUCAUAUCGACUUAUUAGUCCAUAUGGUCGUCUUUCUACUCUAUUCGCUGUUCAUCAAUUGAUACCACUUACGAAUCCAAUACCAGAUUCUCUUCUCAAUAUCGAUAAAACAAACACGCCAACAGUUUCAUUUGUUCAUGCAUGUAAAAUGUUUGCACGUUCUGCUAUUGCUGCGACUUGCUAUUGCAAAACAAAAUGCAAUACAAAAACUUGUCCUUGUCAACGUUUAUCCAUUCGAUGCUCAACAAAAUGUCAUCCAAAACGUGGAAAAUGUACCAAUAAAGACUGA